AUGGAAGACUUUUACAUUGAGAACGCCGACCGGUUUCGGGCGCUGGUGCAGCGCGCCAAACUUGAGCCUCCACGCCAGCCAACUGGCACCGUGCCGGCGACUCGCGAUAUGACCGUCGUGGCCCGCAUCCGCCCCUUGACCGCCGACGAGAUUGAGUUUCCCGAGGCUGUCUUUGCACGUGCGAGGCAGCAGGGCGUUGUAGAUGCACACGAGCUGAGAAAAGCCGUUCGCGGGCCGCCUGUGCUCAAGUCGUCGGUCUACACUGUCGACCGCGUAUAUGGCCCCGAGGACACGACAGAGGCCAUUUACGACGACGUAGUUCGCGAGCUCGUCCCUUGGAGCUGGGGCGGCGGCAUCAGUACGCUGUUCGCCUACGGCCAGACCGGGAGCGGCAAGACGUUUUCCAUCAGCGGCCUGGAGAAGCUCGUCGCCGAGGCCAUCAUGGGAGGCUCCCUCGAGGGCGAGCGCAAGGUUUACGUCUCCAUUGUCGAACUAGCCGGGGCGUCAUCCUUUGAUCUGUUGAACCAGCGGAAGAGCAUCUCCAUCCUCGAGGACGCAUUCGGCGUCACGCAGCUUGCCGGAGCGCUUGAGCACCACGUCCAGAGCACGGCGGAGCUCCUUUCUCUCAUCGAGACGGCCACCGAGUUCCGCCGCACCGAGGCGACGGCCAAGAACGACACCUCGUCGAGGACGCACGCCAUUUGCCGCCUGCGCAUCGAGAUACCCAGCAUGCCCACCGCCGACGACGGCAUCUUCUACCUCAUCGACCUCGCGGGCUCCGAGGGCGCGCGCGACAAGCAAGACCACAGCCCCGAGCGCAUGCGAGAGUCUCGCGCCAUCAAUGUUAGCUUGUCCGUCCUCAAAGACUGCAUCCGCGGCAAGACGGAGCAUGACAAUGCCGUGAUGAUUGGUCAAGGACGAAGGAAGCCGCAUGUGCCGUUUCGACAGAAUCAACUCACCAAGGUUCUCAAACAUGUAUUCGACCCCGCGGGGACGCGGUCGUGCAAGACUGUGGUCUUGACCUGCAUCAAUCCGUGUCUGGCAGACGUCCAUCCUGGUCGAAACUCCUUGCGCUUCGCCGAGAUGCUGCGCGUGUUUGUACCCACAGCCAAGGAGGCGACUUAUGAUGCCAAGUCGCCCAUCACUUGGGACAAUGAGCAGAUGCGCGCGUGGAUAGAUGCAAAUUCGGGCUCGCCGGCCAUCUCAUCGGAGCUUCUCGCACCAACCGAGACUGGCGCGCAGCUGCUGCGUCUGCCAGCCCCUGAAUUCGAGCUUCGGUGCCUCAAAACCGAAGGGGUCACGCCCGAGCAGGCCACGGCGUUUCGCUCAAAAGUGUGGCAGACGCACGUCGACGCCCAGCGCGCUCGCGCCAAGAGUGCCUCCCGAGGCGGCGGCCCUGACGGAUCGACCAAGUUUCCCGAGAGUACCGACGAGCUUUUGCGAUUCGUUAGUGUCGUGGAUCGUUCUUCGAGCAUUGAGCCUCAAGAAGAGAUUCGCGCUCUUGACUUUAAGGAACGAAUCCGGCCAGGCAUGGUAGUCGCGUGGACACCGCCCGAACGGUAUCCCAUGGGCCUGGCCGAUGGGCUGAAGCUCGUGGUGGUGCUGUGUCCAGUGGCGAGCAUGGGUGAUCACGGCACAUUGGACGCCAAAGGCGAGAUGAUCGGCCCCAAUGACGAGGGCAAUACGGACGCCGGUGGGCGGCCGGCAAAGUACCUCUGCGCGCUUGUGAACCCGGGUGUCAUGUCCGGGGCGUAUGAGGUGAGCAUGUGGCGACAGCUCGCUAUUGAUGUGUCGUGGAUGGACAAGGAGGUACUGCUCGAGUAUGAUCCGGCUACACGAUUCUACUACAUUGCAGUGUAG